AUGGAUAUUCACUGCAAAGCAGACCCCUUCACGGCGAUGCACUGGCACGGAGGUGUGAACCAGCUCGGCGGGGUGUUUGUGAACGGCAGACCCCUCCCGGACGUGGUGCGACAGCGGAUAGUGGAGCUGGCCCACCAAGGGGUUCGGCCCUGUGACAUCUCCCGGCAGCUGCGGGUCAGCCACGGCUGCGUCAGCAAGAUCCUGGGCAGAUACUAUGAGACUGGCAGCAUCAAACCAGGGGUGAUCGGUGGCUCCAAACCGAAAGUGGCCACGCCAAAGGUGGUGGACAAGAUCGCAGACUACAAGAGACAGAAUCCCACCAUGUUCGCCUGGGAGAUCAGAGACCGGCUGCUGGCAGAGGGCGUGUGCGACAACGACACCGUUCCCAGCGUCUCGUCAAUUAACAGGAUCAUCCGAACAAAAGUCCAGCAGCCUUUCCAUCCAUCUCCUGACGGCUCGUCCCUGUCAGCGCCGGGCCACACUAUAGUACCAAACACAGCCUCUCCGCCCAUAACCAGCGUCUCCAAUGACCCUGCAGGAUCCUACUCCAUCAAUGGCAUUCUGGGUAUCCCACGAUCCAACGGGGAAAAGAGGAAAAGAGAUGAAGAUGGUUCAGAUGGUUCUGGCCCAAACAGUGAUUCUCAGGGUAGUGUGGAGAGUUUACGGAAACACCUGAGGGCAGAUGCCUUCACUCAGCAGCAGCUGGAAGCGUUGGACCGGGUCUUUGAGCGUCCUCCGUACCCUGACGUCUUCCCCACGCCGGAGCACAUCAAGCCGGAACAGGCUAAUGAGUACUCGCUCCCUGCCCUGAAUUCCAGCCUGGACGAAGUCAAGCCCAGUUUAUCCUCUAGCGCCAACCCAGACCUGGGCCCCAGUGUGUCGCAAAGCUACCCUGUAGUCACAGGUCGGGAUAUGGCCAACACAACCCUCCCUGGGUAUCCCCCUCACGUCCCCCCCACAGGCCAGGGCAGCUACCCGACCUCCACGCUCGCCGGGAUGGUUCCUGGGAGCGAGUUUUCGGGGAACCCCUACAGUCAUCCACAGUACACGAGCUACAACGAAGCCUGGCGAUUCAGCAACCCAGCGUUACUAAUGCCGCAUCGAGAGGCUCCGCCCCUCCCACUGCUGCCACUGCCUAUGACCGUCACUAGUUACCAUGGAAACCAAAUCAACCUGCAGGACCAUGGCCUCAGCCUCCAUAUUGCCCCCGUGUGA